GGUAUACCACUCAACGCAGCCACAACAUUCAGUUAUGCAAUUUACAUUUUACAUAACUCUCUUGCAACUUCAUAUGAUAAACGGUACAAAAACAUAGAUUAGGAAGGAUAACAAUUAAAAGAUGAAACUCUCUCGCGACAUUUCGAGACUUGUUUGGAAUCAGAUCUGACUAAAGGAACCAAUCAGGGGCGUCAAGGGAGGAGAUCAACAAACUCGAGAGAAAAAAAAGAAUGUCAGAGAUGUUCGAUACGACGUCGACAAACAAAACGAUGAACGAAAUGGGGAUCAGAGAUCAAAGACUUCAAGUGCUUGCAAAUUCAUUUGCAUCGCUAGUCAGAUCCAAGUUUCGGGGAGCAUACUAGAACUUCUGCCUCCAUGAUUGCUAAUUAGAAGAGCGUUCACUUCUUCUAAAUCAUUGACCACCAUCAUUUUGUCGACGAGCAAAGGCUCAAACUCGCUUCCUAACUGAUUGCUGAUCGGAGGAGAUUUUUGCUUAUCUUUGUAUCGGUUGCAGGGACGAAGCAAAAGGAAGAAGAUAGAAAACACGAACGGAGCAAAUAACCCUUGAAAUAAGAAAGGGUUAAUUUUGGAUUUAUGUAAAAGAGCAGGGGGGCAAUUGGAAAUAAAAAGUCUUUAAACGUGGGAAUUGGAAAUGCGGGGGGUGAGGGGUUGUAUUUUGGAUUUCCACAUUUGUGGUAAUUGGCCCAAAUUCCAUCAUUCAAUUUCCAUGAUUUUUUUUUUACAACCAAACAUGGUAAUUGAACUCAAUUACUGCAUAUCGUGGAAAUUGAGCCCAAUUACCACACUAAAUUACCAUAUCCAAACUACCCCUAAAUUAGGGAAUCCAAAUUAGCAGCAAAUAGGAACACAGUCGCACACAGUUUUGUUCUGACACAUAAGAUCUCUUCUUUCUUUCAUCCCUGCCUGCCCUGCGUCUUUCUUCUGAUUUAGUCCCCUCGUAAAUUCUGUUUCAAUUAAACAACUGGAUUAGAUGGGCAGUCCACGUCAAAUUGGCGAGAUGGGAGCCGAAAGGUAGCUUCAUCGCACAUGAUAAUGUCGGGAUUAAAAGGCCCAAAUUGACCAAUCAGUCAAUUAACACAAAUAAUAAUAGAUAGAAGUGUAAUAAUUGAAGGCUUAAUAAUGCCGAAUUCAAAGCUAAAAUGGAACUCAUCCAAAUCAAAUAAUUGCCAAGGUUACGGAGACGUCCUGCAAUUAAUUUCUGAUUACAACCGGGAAGUAAAAGAAGGAGAAACAAACAGGAACACCUUCACUACUUCACACCAGAGGUGUUAAAAAUGUUCAAUUAAGAAGGUUCUUUCUGCUUCAAGAAGAGCAACACUGCAAUAGUGUCAUACAAGAACCGAGAGCUAAAAUUGUUCCAUUGAGAGGCACAAAAUCUGAACGUAAGAAUAGAAGGUGUAGCUAAUAAGGCAUACAAUAACCAAAACAGCUUCCCGUCAGAACACUUCCUUCUCACAGAUCCAAAAAACAGAAAACUCAGAACUGCGCUCGGCGUUCUAUUUUGCUCGAGUCGAGUAGCUGCCCUUUAUUUCUAUCUACUAAAUGUCGGGUUUCUCGGGCUCUUCCUCCUUAUCAGGAUUUUCAUCUCCUUCCUCUUCCUCCUCUUUCUUCUUGUCUCCGUCUUCCUCUUCCUCCUCCUCCGGGGGAGGAUCGUAUGGCAGUGGUGGCGGGAUCGGUGUUUUCAUUGGGCUGAACUGGGGGAAUAUGUCCGGUCUUCGUCCAGGCUUCGGCCUUUCCCAUUCCUGCAACGCCGAAGUUCAGAAUUGUAAUACAAGAAAGACACGCGAGACCACAUUACCAGGUGGAUAGUUAAUCACAUAGGUUAAGUAAGCUGUACACUUGACCUUCGCUAUGAGAUGGAUGUUAUCAAACAUAAACAAGACAUUAAAUGAUAUAAACCCAUUCAUCCACAUUCGUCAGCAGUGUUUUGAGUUUUGAGUCACCUGUCAAGAUCUGAGCAUUCCGGAUUUUUCGUAAUUGUUUCAUAGGACAGAUCCUAAAUCUAUAUCUGUUGGAACUCGGGCAACCAACGCUUAAAGUUGUCAUUGUAAGAUGCCAACCUUACUUUCCCCAGUGGAGGCAAGAUCAGUAACUCAUCAUUCUCCUAAAAGUUGUCAUUGUAAGAUGACAACCAUACUAUCAGUGGAGGCAAGAACAGUAACACAUCAUUCUCCUAAGAACAGGGCGUUGAUUCGUUUUCAAAAGAAAAAACAGCAAGGAUCCAAUUGUUCACAAGAAAUAUGGCAUCUGCUC